AUGUCCGGCGAAAACGAAGACGAAGUCCACUGGUUCCGACUCCUCCACAACACAGGCUCAACCCAAGACAACUACAUAAUGUUUGCCCCGCCUCCCAGCGACGCCAAAUUCCAGACUCCCGUGUGGGUUACAAACACGCUUUCCCACCAGGACUCAUGGGAGGUGCAUACCACGGCACCCAUGUUUGCAUGGGCCGGAAGACAAUACACCACCGGCGAGAGUGCAGAUAAGAAAACCAGAAUCGCAAUCGAGAAAUCACACGAAGUGUACCUCGCGAAGAAGGAUGAGAAUGAUCAGUUAAUUCCAGGGAGUUCAACGCUCCAUGUAUCGUUCGGCGAUGAACUCCCCGACAUCAAGGACGGUGGAAAGACAUCCACGAAGCUGGGAGCUUUUACAGUGGAUAUUAAGAAGCUCCCUCAAGAUGAUGGUAGUACUUAUGUGUUUGGCUUUGGGAAGCGAAAUGGUCCGGGUGGGGAGAUUUUCCCGUGUGCAUCUAUUGUCGCGAACAAGACCGGCGAAGCGACAGUAACUCCUAUAAUCAAGCUGUACUUUUAUAAGAAUCACCAGGUUUCUGAAGACAAACCGGCUCUCAAGACAGGUGACCUGAUUGAUUUCGACAACGUUGUGGAUGAAGCCGGACUCAUUGAUUUUUCGGAUCAGGGGGCGGCGACACUUUGUACGGUUAUUAAUAAAACGGAUGAAGAGGGGAAUCCUGUGUGGCAUACUGCUUACACUAAUGAUCCUCCUAACUAG